AUGACCACGGAGAGUUUUGCAGAGUUCUUGAAUAAGCUCAAGGAAAUCCAUGAGAAAGAGGUCCAAGGUCUGCAAAGCAAGCUGACGGAGCUGACGACGGAGAAGUGUCGUGAUGCUCAGAGAAUUGAAGAGUUGUUUGCUAAAAAUCACCAAUUAAGGGAACAACAGAAGGUCCUUAAAGAAAAUGUAAAGGUGUUAGAAAACAGGCUGCGAGCAGGUCUCUGUGACAGAUGCAUGGUCACCCAGGAGCUGGCGAAAAAGAAGCAGAAUGAGUACGAGACUUCCCAUUUCCAGAGCCUGCAGCACAUCUUCAUCCUCACUAACGAGACGAACCGCCUGAAGGAAGAGAACAAAACUCUCAAGGAAGAACUGAAGAGGCUCCGGAGCCUGGAAGACAAGAAAAAGCACCCAGGAGUUACCUCCAGAGAAAGCAGCUCUACCCCCAGCUCCCCCUUGGCUUUACUGUCCCCAGCGAGCAGGAACGCCGACACCGAGAAAGCAGCUCACAGGGGAGCAGAAGAAGCCCACCAUGAUGUGCCAGGCCUCGAGCUGGGAGAAGAAAAGCCUGCAGGACAGAGAACCUCUCCAAGCAGUAGGACUACCCCAGGCACCGUCCUCCAAGAAGUCAGCCUCGCAGAAAUGGUCUCCCAGAGGAUUGCCAACCAGCUGCAUGGAACCAUUGCCCUGGUGAGACCCGGCUCCAGACCCUGCCUCCUGGAAAAAAGUCCUUCGGGGGCAGCAGUGUCCCCACCGGCAAGGAAGACUCCUCUCCCGCCGGAGCGCGAGCACAGCCCCAGCCUUGAGGCUUGUUUAACAGCAAGCAAACUAGACUCCCCCAAGGUUGCUCCAUCCUACGAAAACCUAAAACUGACCGCCCGGAGAGAGCAGCUCUGCCUCCUCCACAAGCACCUUUCCCUGCACCAGCUGGGGCUGGCGAGCAACUGUACCUCAGCCGACCGGGACGGCGGCAGCUUCUCCAGCCAUUUGCUCAGGGCCAAAGACGCCGAUGGCAGGACGCGGUCGCAUGACGGCUGGGAAGAUCGCGCAGCCUUGCUGAAGCUCCCUGCCGCCAUGGUGUACAUGAGGGAUCAGCACCUGGAGGAGAAGCUGCACCUCCUCAAGCACAGGGAGCAGCUGCAGCAUUUCCUCAUGCAGCAGUGCCAGCCAGGGCAACGGGCAGAUGGAGACCCAAAGCUCACGCCCAAGGAGCGGCCCCUCUCCCCGUGGCCAAGUAUCACGCCGGCAUGCAAGGAGGAAAGGUCCUUCCUGGAGGACACCGUGGAUGGGAAGGAAGAGAAGGAGCUUUGGCUGAGCCAGGAUGGCUCCGAGCCCCGAGAAAAGGCAGAGGUGGCAAGGGACGAUGGUGCAGACGCACCGCUGGAUCUGUCAGACUCCGGCCGCAGCAGAGAAACGGGCUGGCACAACCGCCGGGACCUGUGGGGGCCCGGUAGCCCACGGCCAAGCCCCAGGGAGAGCCCCGCCGUGCCAGCAGCUCACGGCCCCUGCGGGAGACAUGGGGCAGAGCGGGACGACUUGCGCUUCCCCUACUGCUGGCCCAAUGACCGGGCACUGCCUGAUGCUGUCAAGGAGGAGGAUGAAGAGGAGGAGGAAGCAGCUGUGCUUGCGCUCUCACGGGCACAUCCAACAAACAACUCCACGCCGAGUGACCCAGAGGCCCUUCCAGAGACCAGGGUGAGACUGGCUGUCAGCGUACAGAAGGGAGAACCAGAUGACGAUGAUGCUGAGUCGGGGAAGCAGGAAUCUGAUGAGCCAGACACGACGGACAGCGAGGUGGCUGCCCCAUAUGAAGAUGAUAUCCUACAAGAAGCCCAGGCUGACGGGAAAUAUUUUUGCACCAAAGACAAAGCUCAUACGCUGCCAAAGAAGAGAAAAAGAGGACAGGAUCCCUGGACAAAAGGAGCUAAGAAGUCAAUGAGAGGAAGAAAGAAAGUCAAAGUGGAGCAGUGCUCCACGGGGAUCAUGAAGGAACCGGAGAACUGCUCUGCUUCCCACAACGAUACCUCCGAGGAGAGCUAA